GUCAGGAGGCAGCUUGCUGCUUAAAUACCCAGGGGCAGCGCGGAGGAGAGGAGCUGCGGGCACCCGCUGGGAGGAGGGCAGGGGAUGAGCGCGGCUCCACCGCACCUCGCGUGUUUCACCCAGAGUGAUUCAGUUCCAUAUCUGGACCAUCUGUACAACAACAUAAUAAAAUGAAGGACAAUUUUAUAAAUCAAACAAGAAAGGAACUACCUGAUUCUGAAUCUGCAUGUAAUGGAUAUAACAAUCCCGCUUUCCAGUAUGAAGAAAAACCUGAACAAAAUGACCAUUUAAAGACGACUAAAAAAAAAGAGAAAAAUGAGAAGGCAAAAAAGAAGAUGGUUGGUAUUUUGGAGCUGUUUUACUAUGCUGAUUGGCUGGAUAUCAUUUUGAUGAUAGUGGGCUUGAUUGCAGCUAUGGCGAAUGGGUCUGGAUUGCCACUGAUGAUCAUUGUUUUUGGAGAGAUGACAAACAGUUUUGUGUUGAGUGGCAUGGGAAGAAAUAUCUCUGACGUUGCUAUGCUGGAUAGCUCUACUUGUGCACCAAUUCCAGAUGUAGAUAUAGAAGCUGAAAUGACAAAGUUUGCCUACUAUUAUGUUGCUAUUGGUUCUGCUGUAUUGAUACUGAGCACCAUCCAAGUGUGGACAUUUUUGACUUCGGCUACAAGACAGACAGCAAGAAUCCGACAAAAGUUUUUUUUUGCAGUGCUCCACCAGGAGAUGGCUUGGUUUGACACCACCCAGAUUGGAACCUUGAACACCAGAUUAACAGAUGACAUUAAUACCAUCCAUGAAGGCAUUGGAGACAAGAUCUGUAUAUUUGUACAAUUUUUUGCCACCUUUCUGACAGGCAUUAUUAUAGGAUUUGUCCACGGGUGGAAAUUGACCUUGGUGAUUUUGUCAGUUAGCCCACUACUUGCUGCCUCAGCAGCAGUUUGGUCAAUGCUCUUGGCCUCACUCACUGUAAAAGAGCUGUCUGCUUAUGCUAAAGCAGGAGCAGUAGCAGAAGAAAUUUUGACUGCUAUCAGGACAGUUGUUGCUUUUAAUGGGCAAAAGAAGGCACAAGCAAGAUACGAUGCUAACUUAGAGAAUGCCAGAAGUGUCGGAGUGAAAAAGUCCAUCACCACCAACACAUCUUUGGGUCUCUCUCAGUUUCUUAUAUUUGGAUCCUAUGCUCUUGCAUUUUGGUAUGGAACCAAGCUCACGGUGGAAGAGAGAGAAAACUAUGACAUUGGGAGAGUUUUAAUUGUAUUCUUCUCUGUGCUUCUUGGCGCGUUCUCUCUUGGACAGGCAUCCCCAAACUUGGAGAGUGUUGCCAAUGCACGUGGUGCUGCCUAUGAAGUAUACAAAAUUAUUAAUAAGCCACGUCUUAUAGAUAGCAGUGCCAAAGAAGGAUACAAACCAGAGAGGCUCAUAGGAGAAAUUGAAUUCAAAAAUAUACAUUUUAGUUACCCAUCUAGACCUGAUAUUAGAAUUCUUAGUGGUCUGAGUCUGAAAGUUCAAACAGGAAAGACCAUUGCUCUGGUUGGUUCCAGUGGCUGUGGCAAAAGCACUACAAUCCAGCUUCUGCAGAGAUUCUAUGAUCCAGUCCAAGGAGAGAUUACCUUAGAUGGGCGAGAUAUUCGAACACUUAAUGUCAAGUGGCUAAGAGAAAAUAUUGGCAUUGUGAGCCAGGAGCCUGUCUUGUUUGCAACUACAAUAGCUGAAAAUAUUCGCUAUGGCAGAGAGGAUAUUAGUGAUGUCAAAAUUGAGCAAGCCGCGAAAGAAGCAAAUGCUUUUGAUUUUAUAUCCAGACUGCCUGAUAAAUUUAAUACUCUGGUGGGAGAGAGAGGAGCUCAGCUGAGUGGAGGACAGAAACAACGAAUUGCUAUUGCCCGCGCCCUGGCAAGGAAUCCCAAGAUCCUCCUUCUGGAUGAAGCCACAUCUGCUCUGGAUACUCAGAGUGAAUCCAUAGUGCAGACUGCUCUUGAUAAGGCUAGGGCUGGACGUACCACCAUUGUGAUAGCUCACAGGCUCUCAACAAUCAGGAAUGCUGAUAUUAUUGCUGGGUUUGAGAGAGGCAUGCUUGUUGAACAGGGAACACAUAAUGAACUCAUGGCACAGAAGGGAGUCUACUAUUCUCUUGUAAUGCAGCAGGGUCAUUAUGAAAAUGUUCAUGGUGACGAGAUGUCAGAAGGAGACGAAGAGACAGAAGAUGACGACUAUGAGGAAGCAGAUUUAAAUGAAAUUGGACAACAGAAUUUGACUGAAUGUGGUAGCUUUGAAAAAUUAGGAAUCAUUGAAAAAGGAAGCAUUCAUAAGAGAUCCAGCAGGCAUAAGAGCAGAAAACGCUCUUCUAAGAAAAAGUAUUCUGAAAAGAAGAAGAAAACAAAGGAGAGAGAGGAAGAAAAACUCCCUGCUGUGCCUUACUCCAGAAUUCUGGCUCUGAACAAGCCUGAGUGGUGGUAUAUAUUGUCUGGUGUGAUUGCUGCUGCCAUCUCAGGGGGGGUCUAUCCUGCCUUUGCUGUUAUAUUUGGAAAAAUCAUUGGGGCUUUUCAAGAAACAGACCCUGAUAAGAGGAACAAAAACACUGUGGUGCUUUCUCUUAUGUUUCUUGUGCUGGGAGUGAUCACCUUAGUGACCCACAUCAUCCAAGGAUUCAUGUUUGGAAAGUCUGGGGAAAUCCUAACUAUGAGAUUACGUUCUUUCUCCUUCAAAGCAUUGCUUCAACAGGAUAUUGGGUGGUAUGAUGAUAAUAAAAAUGCUGUAGGAGUUUUGUUAACCAGACUUGCUACAGAUGCAUCCCAAGUCAAAGGGGCUACCGGAAGCCGACUUGGUUUGUCGACUAUGACAGUCUGCACCCUUCUGACUGCCAUCAUUAUUGCUUUUGUAUAUGGCUGGCAGUUAACUUUACUGAUCCUGGCUUGCAUUCCUUUCGUUAUUGCUACAAAUGCUGUAAGAAUUAGCUCUGUGUCUGGUCAUGCAUCAAAAGAUCAAAAAGCUUUGGAAGAAGCUGGAAGAAUUUCAACAGAAGCUGUUGAAAAUAUAAGAACUGUGGCUUCAUUAACUAGAGAAGAGGCAUUUUUUGAGAAGUAUAAUGCAAGUUUGAAUGGUCCAUACAGGGACUCUUUGAAAAAAGCCCCCCUGUAUGGAUUUACCUAUGGAAUAGCCCAGUGUGCAAACUACUUUAUUAAUGCAGCAGUCUUCAGAUUUGGAGCCUGGCUUAUUGCCCAUUGCUAUACCAACUUUGAAAAUGUUUUUAUAGUCUUUUCUUCAGUUAUAUUUGCUGCUAUGAAUGUUGGACAGUCCACAUCUUUAGCACCAGAUUAUGGCAAAGCUAAAAUUUCCGCCCAACGAAUCUUUCGGCUUUUGGAUCAGAAACCUCUGAUUGACAGUUACAGUGAAGAGGGGGAAAAAUUGAGUCACUUUGAUGGUAACAUCGAGUUCAGGGACAUCCAUUUUGUAUAUCCAAACAGACCAGAAGUUCAAGUUUUGCAAGGUCUCAAUGUGAAGGUUAAUAAAGGACAGACUCUUGCAUUAGUAGGAAGCAGCGGCUGUGGCAAAAGCACGUCCAUUCAACUCCUGGAGAGAUUUUAUGACCCGGUGGCAGGACAAGUGCUUGCAGAUGGAUUUGAUACUAAGUCUUUGCAUUUGCCCUGGCUCAGAUCCAAAUUAGGCAUUGUGUCACAGGAGCCUAUUUUGUUUGACUGCAGCAUUGCUGAAAAUAUCCAAUAUGGAGACAACAGUAGGGUGGUUAGUCAGGAGGAAGUUGUAGAGGCAGCUAAAGCAGCAAAUAUUCAUGCCUUCAUUGAAAAUCUGCCAGAGAAAUACAGUACACGAGUAGGUGACAAAGGAGCACAGCUUUCUGGGGGUCAGAAACAAAGAAUAGCAAUUGCUCGUGCUCUGGUUCGUAAGCCAGCAGUUCUCCUUCUGGAUGAAGCCACAUCAGCUCUUGACACAGAAAGUGAAAAGAUUGUCCAGAAAGCCUUGGAUGAUGCCAGGCAGGGCCGAACCUGCAUUGUUAUUGCUCACCGUUUGACAACUGUGCAGAAUGCUGACAUCAUAGCAGUGAUUCAGAAUGGAAAAGUGGUAGAACAGGGGACUCACAGCCAACUGCUUGCAAAAGAGGGACACUACUAUGAACUUGUAAAUGCACAAGUGUCUCAUUAGAUGAAUGCAAGAUUCAUUUUAUUUAUACAAAGAUACAUAGACCUACAACUAAGUUGUAUUAAGGCUGAAAGUGUCCAAGUAUUGUCAUCUUGCACUGUUGAGGUUCAAAACACAGCCAUGCUGGGUAUAAUAAAUUUAGAUAGACUUGUUUUUGAUGUGUGUCAUAGUUUUAAGGUAAGUUCCUUUGAGAGAUGCUAUUUAAUUUUAUACAUUUUUUAUCAUUAGAAAUGUAAAUGUAAAUUGACAUAAUAGACCACGUUUGUUCAUUUAGAAGCUAAACAAAGGGACCUGGGAAUCUUGGGUACACAUGAGUCACCAGUGCAGUGCCCUCAUGAAAAAUGCCAGCACAAUCCUAGGCUGCAUUAUGCAGGGUAUAUCUAGUAGAGACAAAGAUCCCAUUGUACAAGGCAUUGGUAAGACCCAUUUAGAAUACUGUGGGCAAAAAGUUCAAAGAAGAUCAAUAUAAACUGAAAAAAGUUCAAAGGACCACUGAGAAGGUUAGGGGCAUGGAAAUAAGGAAAAAAGAGUAAAGGACCUCAGUUUGUUUAGUUUAGCACAAUGGAGAUUGAGAAGGGAUAUGAUCACUUUAUACCAGUGCUAUGUGAAACAAAUAUUAGGGAAAGUGAAGAGCUGUUUAGGAUGAAAAACAACACCACCAAAUGGCUAUAUGCUGAUUGUGGGUAAUUUGAGAUUUGGAAAUUGGAAGAUGAUUUCUAAUUUCAGAGGAGUAAAGCUUUGGAAUGGUUUUCCAAGCAAAGUAGUGAGGGCAAAAAAUCUGAAUUACUUUUAGAUUGAAUCAGAUACAGUUAGGGAAGGGAUAGUAUAAUAGGGAAGGGAGUUCUGGCACACCAAUCAGUCUCUCACAUGUGAAGUAAUAAAUUGAUAGUCCCCAUAGUGAACAUCAAGGUAACUGUAAAAUAGAAGGUAUCUGGUAAUCCCUUGCCUUGAGGUUUUGCUGGUUGCCAUUUGGAGCCCAGAAGAAUGUUAUCCCCUUUUUGGCUUCUGGCUUGUGGUUUUUGUUUUUUUGGUUGUUUUUGGGGGGGAUGGGGGUUGUUUGUUUGGGUUUUUUUACAUUCAGCUGAGGCACUGAGAUAUUGUGCACAGUAAGGCUAGGGGGAUUUGACCAAAGUGCCCUCAUGUUCCUGACAGUAGUAGAAAUCCAGACAUCUCCAGCUAGAGGAUUUUGCUCUUCUCUUUAGGGUCAUAGCAAUCACCAUAUGUGUGGACAGGGGAGAAUUUUUCCACUAGAUCAAAUUUGCAUGGAUUGUUUUGCCUUUCUAAGGCAUAAGGUUUUGUCCUUUUUAUAAAAUCACUUAGUUGCCUCCCUGUUUUUGUAGUGGCAGGGCAGUGGCAGUCAUGUCCUUUUCACCUUUGGCGUGUUACAGGGUGUUCUUGGUCUUUCCGAUAUUAUUCCUUGGAGUUGUGGAUGAGAACUGUGGGGGUUCCAUCAGUUAACAAUUCUGUACAAACACAAUGGAUUUGGGCUUGAUUAAUCCAGGAAAGUCAAAAGCAAAUCCAGAGUGGGGUAUGGUGAUAGAGUCCCACCGCCCUCAUCGCCUUCCAUCACCUUCGCACCCUGCUUUUCAGUAUCUUGGAUACACUUCUGACAAAAAUACCCCUUCCAGUCCUAAGUUCCUAAACAGCAUUAAAAAGAUUGCUGACCCAAUAGAACGUGGCUCUUCCAAGCCCUUAAAACCAUUUAAAAAAGGCUUUAAGAUGUGGAUCUUCGAUCCAGUCAUCAGAGAUGGCUGCUUCUGGAGCUAUUUAAAAAAUGUGUUUAUCAACAUGCAAUAUCAUAUUUAAACAUUUUUCAUCUUUUUUUAGUUGACUUUUAAAAUUGUUGAUGGAUCCAUAUUUACACAGUUCCACUGCAAUAUUUUAUCAUCUGGGUGUUUUCUACCAGCUGAGGCAUAGAUGUCAUCUCCUCAGGGAGAAGCUCAGGGAGACAUGUCUUUGGUUUACUUUUGGCAACCCUGAAUUGCAGCAUUUUGUUCUUCCAAGGACUAAAUUAAUAUCAUAUUUGGAUUUUGGUUUUGGAGUCUGGAAUAUUUUACAACUUCCAGAUAAAAUUGCUUUACUCAUGACAGCCUGAAAUUUAAAACAACCUCCUUUGCCUUUUUUUUUUAAAUUGCUUUCCAGCAUCUAUAUCUAAGGGUAAUAAAAUACCGAAACAUACAAACUGUGCACUCAAUAUUGCUAAAAUUACAUACAGCCACUUUCUCCUAAUGAGCUUUUUUCAGAGGCCUGCCAGGAUGGGUGAUUUCUCUGUCUCUAAGUCAAGGAACUUCAGUUGAUCUCUCUUCCCAUUUGUAUUUCCUUAUUAUCCUAACUGGUUUCAAAUGUAUCCAUAUUUCUGGUUUUCCUUCUACACUGGAGUCAAAAUGACAAGCAACAGAUUGGUUUUGUGCCUUAUAUUUUAAAGCUCCUUUCUUCUAUAACAGAAAUCUGGGAGAUCCGGGGAGGUUGGAUCCGAGUUCCUGGUUCACACGCAUUUCUGUUAUAGAUCACAAAGAAUCCGUUAUUUAUUCUAAUUGUUUUACAGACAAAAUGAAGCCUCUAAUGAAGAAUGUGAAAAUCAUUCACUAUAAAAAGGGAGAUGCCAAACUUGAAAUAAAUUUAAGGGCAUAUCAUGUAUGAACUAUAACAUCUCUAACUAGCUAAAGGCAUUGCAUAGAUGGAAAGACCUAUUCUUAGCUACAAAGAUAACGGAAAGUACAGGCCAAAGAGCUUGAUUUAAUUGUACAGUGGGCUUCCAAUUUGGUAAUUUUCAUUAGUAUUGGCAAUCUCUUGAUUUGAGGAUGAUUUCUACCAUGGCUCAUUGAUGGGUCUAGAGAUGACUUAAGAGGCCAAACCUUGAGCCACAGGUCCAUCCACAGAAGUUGCAGGUCUUUCUGCAGGGGAGAGUAGGCUGCAGCCUGGGAUUCCUUUCCUUUUCCUUCCUCCAUUCUCUCUUCUCUGCUUCGAAGGCAAAACUCUUUACCUUGAAAUGGACUGGUUGAGGUUGCAAAGCCAUUGGAGUUGGUUGGCAGCUAGCUCCUCCAACACUUGAUGUUGGCAUUUGUUUUCUUGAGGUAUUCCUUCAAUGUGUCCCUGUACUAUUUCCUCUGACUACUAUGAGAUCUCAGUCCAUUACCAAGUUAGGAAUAGAGCAGUUGUCUUGGGAGUUGAGAGUUAGGCAUCCGCACAGUGUCUGGUCCAGCAGUAUUGGUGCUUAAGAAUCACCAACUCAAUGCCAACAACAAUGGCUGCAGCAAGGAUAUUGGCGUUUGUGCAGCCACCUUCCCUUUUUGAUGUGGAGGAUUUUCCAGAGGUAUCUCCAGGCUCUUGAGAUGAUAGCUCACAUCUGUAGAGGAGGUUGGGGAUGAUGACUGCAUUAUAGACCUGGAUCUUGUUGUCAUUCCAGAGAUCACAAUGAAUAAAGACAUGCUGAAGCAGUUUCUCAGAGGAGACACUUCUACAAUGUAGAGGCAAUCACAGAGCAUGAACAAUUCAGUUUUAAAGCUUUUGAAAAGAACUGUGCCAGGGCCUGCCUAAAAUAUGCAAGUUCCUACAACCACUAGAAUUGUGACUUCUGAUCAUGUGUUGUUUCAGAUAGAGGCCAGCAUUACAUAUGAAGUAAAGGGAAGUCAUUAUACAUGUGUCAUUCUUGGCACACUGUUUAACCUGUUCCAUCCCUGUCUUCCAAUAUAACAAUAGCUAUGUAAUCUAAAUCACAUCUCUAUUAGUAAGAAAAAAAAUGAAAUAAGACCUGGAGUUCUCAAAUGUCACACCAUUCCCUAAAUGCCAUUGCUGGCUGUGACAUAAUUCUAAGCCAAAGGAGAUACUGGUAUUUUAUAUAUAUACCCAAAAUGUAUGUUCAUUACUGCUGUAACUUUGUGCAAGGAAAAAAAAAAAGACACUACUCCAUGAAUAUAUCUCAUAUCUUAGAGAAAUCUGGAAAACCUCCAUUUUUAUACAUCUGGCCUUUGAAAUGGUCAUUCAAGGGAGAACAUUUAAUAGGAAAAUGCAAAUAUGAAUAAGGUAACAAAUAUCUGCUCAUCUGGUCUGCAGCAAAACUGCACAUGCUGUCUGUCAAAGAAAUACUAUUAUUCUAUUUAUUUUUUCCAGUUCAAACAUAAUAAAAGACACCAUAUCCCUAGCAAUAAAAGAAGGAAAUCAACCCUAACAUAAAACAGCAAGAUAGCAAGAAAACAAGAAAAUUCCAACCCUUUUCCAGGUUUCCAAAACAGAUCCCACACCACUAAAUGCCUGACAAAUAUAUAGGCUGCACUGAAUGAAUUUAAGCAGAACCUUGUUGCAGACUUUAAUAACAAAUAAUGGCCAAACAUUCUCAGGAACUCUGAGCCUUCAUUCAUUUCUUCCAGCAGAUUAGGUCCAUGAUUCCUCACUUCCCUGGGUUUUCAAUUAUAGAUACAUGUCAUUAAUACUUGUAUAGCUAUCUACAACCUGACUGGGUGUAUGUUAAUGAAAAGGGUUUAUCAUGAAGACUCCAUCCACAGUUAAGUGAAAAAUUUAUGACAAAUACUUAAGAACCAUUUAACUAGGAUGGCCUCAGAAGUUAUUAGUUAGGUUUUGCCUCUUGACAGUGACUGCUAUUUUGUAUGGUAAUGGAUUUAAAGUGCUAUGUUUGUGUGACCAGUCAAAUACCUAAAUCAGUGCUUUCUUGUUUGUAUCAGCAAAAUAUGGAAUUUUUACAAGGUUACCCAAAGAUUGUUCCAACUUCUAUAUAAUGGAGGCCUCUAAUGUGUUUCUUACAACCUCUGCCAACCUCCUCUAUUGUUCCUACCCAGAUUUACCCAACCACUUAAAAAUAUAUUUUCAGGUCUAGACAGAAUGGAGGUAUGGGCCUAAUGAGGUGUCCCAAGCAACAAAGCUAUUAAUUUGGAGGGAGUCCACAAUAUACUUAACCACUCAAUUAUGACUUCAUCUUAUGUUGCUGUUAAUUUUGACUAAAUCUUGGAGUUAGACUUGUCCAUGCAAAUGCAAACUUCAGACAUUGCAAUGAGUAUAGUACAAACUCCUUGAAAACAGCUGCUGAUUCUGGAGCCUUCAAACAGUUAAACACUGUUGUAUUUUUUUUUUAUUUGCAUUAGAGUGUGACCACCCUAAUGGGUGCUUAAGUUUGCUAUUAAUUUAAUAUCCAUGCUGUUUUGGAUUUCCUAUCACAAUUUGCAAGGUGCUAACUGAAUUUAAAUUUUAUCACAAUGUAUUUAUGUUUCAUCUCCUAUACAGUCUAUAUUUUUUUUUAUGUACACUAACCUAAAAAAAUGGUAAAUUGCAUGACUGUGGUGAUGAUCAUGUGGUGAUAUGAAAGACUUUGUUUGGCACCAUCCAUCACAACUCUUAAAUCUUUAGAAACAUUCUUCGUUUUUGAAAACUAAUGUGCUGUUAUUUAGGGGAAAGAUGGAUGUUGGGGCGGGCGAAUGAGGUUGAACAAGUGGAGCUCUUUCAGGUCCCCUGGAAUAAUGUUAAUGUGUCCUUUUAUUUAUUUUAUAAGGAAAAGGUUUAUGGGUCUAAUUAGAAUUAUGAGAGACUUUGUGAAAUUCUACAAAACAAUCUGUGACGGGGAAUAACUAAUCUGUCCAUUCUCAGCAGUAUUUAGCCUGCACUGUAUGGAUGAAUUUUUGUGUGCGUUUGUAAUUGUGAAUUUGUCUGGCUAAUAGAGAGCUUUUAGGGCUCUUGUUAUAUAGCAAGAGUUAGGAAAAUUCCUGUCACACUCAGGAGACAGCCUAUUUAAAUGUUAAUAGGAUGUGGUUUCACCUAAUUAGCAGGGGAAAUAUUAAGAAUGUAUGCAGGUUCAUUAAUGUUUAAUCACCUGACUUUGCUGGAGGGUCUGCAGCAUAACUGCUGUAGGAAAACAGCUACCCUUGUGACAUGGUGUUCUUGAUCUGUGCUAGAACUUACACUGAAGGUAGCAACAAUGCAGAUGCAGCACUGAAACACGAGUACAAAAUGUCCUAGUGUGCCUACACCUAACAAAUCCGCACAUGUAUGAUGGCAAGAAGCAGCUGUACAGUGCCAAGCUGUUCCUGUAGACAAGGAUGAGGCAUUUUGCCAUCUGUUCAUAAAAGCUUUUCAUGCAUGGUGAUAAAAAUGCCUGAGCCCUCUCUGUAGUCCUU